AUUUCUGUCUAUUGAAUGGCUCCCUGAAAAGCAUGAGCUGCUAAGCAGUGUGUGCUGCUAGCACAUUUGAAAAUACCCUCAGGCUCUUGGCACUAAGAGUAGCGCGCCGGAAAGCAGUAUUUUAUUAUUCACCUGCGAGUGUACAACAGCGUUGCUUUGCGAGCAAGAUGAGUUUACUCGCCAAAAUUGCGGAAAUCGAGGCCGAGAUGGCCCGGACCCAAAAGAACAAGGCCACGGCUCACCACCUGGGGCUGCUGAAGGCCCGUCUUGCCAAGCUACGGAGGGAGCUCAUCACACCUAAGGGGGGUGGCGGAGGCGGCACAGGGGAAGGUUUUGAUGUCGCGAAGACGGGUGAUGCCCGCAUUGGGUUCGUAGGAUUCCCAUCUGUGGGCAAGUCCACACUUCUCAGCAACCUAGCGGGGGUGUACUCUGAAGUUGCAGCCUACGAGUUCACUACCCUCACCACGGUGCCAGGAGUCAUUCGGUACAAAGGUGCCAAGAUUCAGCUCUUGGAUCUUCCAGGCAUCAUUGAGGGAGCCAAGGAUGGCAAAGGAAGGGGUCGACAAGUUAUUGCUGUGGCUCGAACCUGCAACUUGAUCCUCAUAGUGUUGGAUGUGCUGAAGCCCCUGGGACAUAAAAAGCUGAUUGAGAAUGAGCUUGAGGGCUUUGGCAUCCGCCUGAACAAGAAGCCUCCAAACAUUGGCUUCAAGAAGAAGGACAAGGGAGGGAUCAAUUUCACAGCCACGUGUACCCAGAGUGAGCUGGACUUGGAAACGGUGAAGAGCAUCCUGGCAGAGUACAAAAUCCACAAUGCAGACGUCACCCUGCGUAGCGACUGCACAGCAGAUGACCUCAUUGACGUGGUGGAGGGCAACCGGGUGUACAUCCCUUGCAUCUAUGUGCUCAACAAGAUUGAUCAGAUCUCCAUUGAAGAGCUGGACAUAAUCUACAAGAUUCCCCACUGUGUUCCUAUCUCUGCCCACCAUCGCUGGAACUUUGAUGACUUGCUGGAGAGGAUCUGGGAUUAUUUGCAUCUUGUGCGCAUCUACACCAAGCCUAAGGGGCAGCUUCCAGACUACACAGCACCAGUCGUGCUUCCCGAUGGACGGACGUCUGUGGAGGACUUCUGUCUAAAGAUCCACAAGAACUUGAUCAAGGAGUUCAAAUAUGCCUUGGUAUGGGGGUCAUCAGUCAAGCAUAACCCUCAGAAGGUGGGCAAGGACCAUAUCUUAGAAGAUGAAGAUGUCAUUCAACUGGUCAAGAAAUAAAGGCAAAACAAGUUUUGUCCAUUCUGUCCCCAUCGUGCCAAACCUGUCAGCAGUCCUGGGGGGGGCAGGAAGGCUCAGAAUUUGCCACAUACAUCCAUUUUGUUGUCAUUUUGUGACACUUGGGCUCAUCCAGAUUUUGUGUGAGCACAUAUGAAUGCAGAUUCUGCAUUUAAAAUACAAAUAUGUAUAUAGUUUCCAAGCCUGUAAAAGUAAGCAAUCAUAAUGAUCUUGACUAUGAUAACAUACUGAAAAGAACUAUCCAAUUAAAAUCUUAAUCCCUUGGUUUAGCAGUGAUGUUGGGACUGUAGGUUCUUGGCUGAAGGGUUUUCCUCUGAGCAGUGAGUGAAGACGGGGUGGGUUUACCCCUCCUGAAGACAAAUGGAAGUUAUUUCAUGACUAAUGGGAGGUACAUUCAGCUCUCAACCAUUCAAGUGGGUAGGGUAGUUUUACACUGUCCAGAACUUCAUGGCUCAUGAUCCUUGGAUUGGAUGCAACCUUUUGCAGACAGCCGUGCUUAAAUUCUUAUAACCUGUCACAGUAAUAAGGAAACACCUGCAGUCCAUUCCAGACAAUAAACAAUGAAUUA